CAGGGCGGGGUAGCGAGGAAAAGGAAGCCCGAGGACUGUUGAUAGCGUCGCCUAGCAACGGAAGACAGCAUGGAGCCGAGUGCGGGUGAUGAAUCGGAGAGUAGACAAAUUUCAGAAGAAGAAAAUAAAGAAGAUAAGAAAGAAGAUAAGAAAGAAGAUGCAGAAGAUAAAGGGCCAGAAGACAAAAAUGCAACAGAGGAAGGAGCAGCUACUACUCCCUUGAUAACCACAGAAGAAGCAAGAGGAGUUCCUCCUACACUGGCUAUGGAAGAGGGAACAAUUAGUGGCGUGGAGGCCACUGAGGAAGGAGAGGGAAGUGCUGCCAUGAUAACCAAAGAGGAAGCAACAAAAGAUAGUCUCAUUGUGGCCAAAGAAAAAAUAACAGGCAGUGUAUCCAUGGUAUCCAUAGAAGGAAGGGCAAAGAGUGCUCUUAUAACAACCUCUGAGGAGAAAUUCUCAGGACCGACGGAUAUGUCAAGUAUGUCAUUGCUUGAUGUUUCUGGAGAGAAAAGUAUGGAGAGUGCUCUUUCUAGUGAAGUAACAAUCUCUUUGCCGUCUUCUGGAGUCAGCAGUGGAAAAUCUGAAUUUCCAAUGCACGUGGACCUCUCUGCAAUGUCAGAGGUCACUCGAUCAACCGUUUUCCCUUCCCAUCUUGAUUCUGCUGUUCAGCAGAUGGCUUCUGAAGUUAGUAGGCUUGGCGCCACAGAACAGUCGGAUGGAGAAGUUAUGGCACGUUACACUAGGCAGGAACUGGGCAUCGAAGAGGCAGGGGAAGAAAUUCAGCUGGUUGUGUUAGAUCCAAAUCACCCCUUAAUGAAAAGAUUCCAGUCUGCUUUGAAGACCUAUCUCAACAAACAAAAAGGAAAGCUUACUGAUGAAAUGCAAGAGUUGACAGUAGCCAUAAAGAGUGGAAAAACGCAAAGAGAAGAACUUGGUGUGCUCCUGUAUGGCUUUCAGCAGCAUUUGGCCCGGCUGCAGAUGGAACUAGAGAAGAACCACAAUUGCCAUUCUCAGAUUGCCAUGGCACGGCGACAGCUAGAGGAGGAGUUGCAUGACCUUAGAGAUGCAUAUAAGAAGACAUUCCACAGCACCCAGGUUGAACGGAAAAGAGUUUCAUCAGUUCAGAUGGAGAUUGAAAAUCUGUCCCUGCGCCUUUUCUACAUGCAGAACAUGGACCAAGAUGUCCGUGAUGAUAUAGCUGUAAUGAAGAGAACUGUAAAAAAGGCUGAAGUGGAGAGGAUGUAUGCAGAAGUGGAAAAACAAAAGCAGGACCUUCAUGUCGACCGCUUAACAAGAAGAGCUAAUGAACUAGAAGAACAGAUUGCUCUUUAUGAUGCACAGUACAUGGCUCAGGCAGAAGAUACCAGGAUCACACGGCAAGAAGUGGGAGAGGCGAGUAUAGAGAUCCAAGCUAUUAACUUGGAGAAAAAGCAACUAAUGCAUCAAUGGACUGUCAGUUUGACUGGGAUGAAGCGCCGUGAUGAGGCAUACGCUGCCAUGCAAGAAGCAUUAAGAGAUUCCAGACAUAAACUCAAAUCUUUGGAGGCUGAAAUUGAGGUCUAUAAGAAGUCUAUCACCAAGGAGGAAGAGAGGAAUGAAUUGUUGGCUUCUAUCCUGAACCGUUCAGAGAACGAUGCCAACACAAGCAGAAAGCUGAUAGCACAGAACUUGUCUAAACAAGAUGCCAUGAAAGUGGAAUUUGGCACUUACACCCGUACCCUUCAGGAGACAGAGCAGGCCCUCAAUAGGACAUCUGCAGAUCGAGCCGCUCGCAUGAAUGAAUUGGUGAUUCUUCGUAGAGAACUCGAGAAAGGAUCACAAACCAAGCAGGAUAACGAAAAUGAGAUUAUGGCCCAGUUGCAAGAACAGAUGAUAUCAAAUAAAGCAGCAAAAUAUUUUUUACAACUAAGAGCUAAACUUCAGAACACAAUGUUGACUUUGGAUGCACAGCUUACCAAACUUGAAAAUGAAACGGCUCAAACCUCAUUGGACAUAACAAAUACAAAUAAUAGGCUGAACAUGUUUCAGAAGACUCUUUCAGAACUGGACAAGGAAUUGGAUGAGCUAAACAGCGAGAUCAGUCAUAGCGAGACUGAGAUUGCUAAACGUAACCUCCUGAUUGGACGCAAGCAGGGUGCCAUCAACUUGUACAAUAAGAAAUUGGAAAUGAUGAUUUCUCAACUUGGGGGACAAGAAUUGGGGCCUUUGGAAAUUGAAAUUAAAAAACUCACCAAACAAAUAGAUGAAAUGGAAUGGGAGGUAGUGAAGCUCCAAAGACAUUGGAUGAAGCAACAGAGGGAAUUAGUGAAGCUUACUCAACAGCGAGAAGAGCAGCUGGUUUCCUUAGAUAUGCUAAAGAAAGAGAUCACAAUCAAGGAGCAAAAGAAAGUACGCAUUGAGAAUGAUAUCCAGCAGGAGAAAAAUGAACUAAAGGAUAUUGAGCGACACAUGAAGAAUAUGUCUAAUGAUCUGGUGAAGCUGCAUUUAUUGAUCAAUAAGAAUAGUGAGAAUUCUAAUGAGUUACAGCAAGGAAACACCAUCAUGGAAAAUGAAUUUGUGCGCUCCCUCAAGAUAUCAGAGAGAGAAUCAAUUGAGAUGCAAGAGAAACUGGACCGACUCCAUGAGGAAAAAGAGAGACUCAUCAACAGUCUAGUUGAGGCAGAAUGUCAGAUGAUGCAAUGGGAGAAGAAGAUUCAAAUAGCCAAAGAGAUGCGUGCUGCAGUGGACUCAGAAGCUGAGCAGACUGAGAUCAGAGCCAUGAAGGCAGAGAUUCACAGGAUGCAGGUAAGGUACCAACAGCUGAUGAAGCAGCAGGAGAAGUUAAUGAGAAAUAUGGAGGCAGCAGUUUCCCGCCGAGAAACAAUUGUGGUUCGUGCUGAGGGUCAGAGCAAAAUGAAUAAGCAAGUGCUGACAAAAGGUGACUUCUACUACAAGAAGUUGGAGCUUAAAAAAAAGAUCAAAGAGACCCAGAAGAAUGCUGAGGAAUGCAACAAAACCAUAAUUCAGCUUGAACGAUCACAGCAGAACCUCAAUUUUGCUAUUAUGGAGAAGGAGAGAAUACUUUCUGGGAUGAAUUUUGAAGCAGAAGAAUUUGAUGAAAAAAUUGAUCAGUUGCAAGCAAAGAAACGGCAGAAUCUUUCAGAUAUUGUGUCCAAUCAGACACGCGUGAAGCACAUGCAGGCCGUGAAGGAAGGGAACUACAGCCUACUAUGUCGUUCUGAGAUAAUGGCCCGUAUUGAACAACAUAAGGUGGAGGAGAGACUGCAUAUUCUUAACACCGUUCUCCAUCAGAUUGAACAAGAAUAUCCUUAUUAUCACAAGACAUUGCGCAGAAUUACCCAAGUAAUAACUCAGAAACUGGAAGAACUGAGUGCCCAGUAGCAA